AUGGCAGACCCUACAAUCAACUUCCAUGUCCAAACGAGACUGACACAAUUUAAAAUCCCCACCGAACUUCUCAAGAAAAACUUCAAGGCGGUACAGAAAUUGCUAGAGAAACAAAAGAAGACCUUGGCUGAAGAGGCGACCAAGGUGGCACGGAACGAAUCACUCCCAGCCCCCAUGAGACUCCAAUUGGUCCGCAAGUUGGUACGUAGUGCCGAACAGUUCCAUCAACGACUUGUCGCAUUGGCAGCACUUGAUCGAGAAUAUCGCGAACGUUUGGUGGCGAGAAAUGCGAAACUUCAACAAUUGCGACUUUGUACCGUCAAGGGGGGCAAACAAGAUCAAAUUUUAGAUUUAAAUUCUUAUACGUUGAUCAAUUGGUAUAGAGACGAGACAAAUUUGGCAAUUGUUGAGUAUUUGAUAAGGACAUCUGGGAGUGAGUUGGAAGUGCCAGUAAAGGUGCUGGAUACUGAUGAAUUGGUAGGGGUGCUGUCAAUUGAAGAGGAGGAAAUGGAAAUUGAAAUAGCCCCUUUUCUGGGAAUCGCGCGCCCGGGGAUCGAACCGGGGAUCGCCCCCCUUCCACCGAAAAAGAGAAAGACUAUAAACAGGGGGGUGGCAAAAGUCGGUGAGGAGGGUACAUCCACCACCACCACCACCACCACCACCACCAGUGCAAGCACUGAUGGAAGCACUGGCUCUGUUAGCCUUGGUAUUGACCUUCUUAAUCAUCUCCUGCAAAAAAACCCCGAACUUUAUAAAUUAAUUGACUAUGACGUCUAUCACGAGUUCAAUCACGUGCACCGCUCGAUCCAAAGGUUCCAUACCUUGUCCCCUGUAUCAGCUUGGUUCAAUGAAAAUAAACCUUUACUCAAGAAGAUCCAUUCUAAUUUGGACUUUGAGAUUAAGUAUUGUCGUCUCCUCUCUCUCAUUGAAGAGGGGAAAGUCGGGGAAGCCAUGAGGUACUCUCAUGAGAACUUGUCGCUGUACGGCAAUAAGGACAAUUAUGAUAAGGAGAAUGACCAUCGGGCUGCUAAUCUUGAUAAGUUGAAGAGGAUAGGUGGGCUUUUAUUGUAUUUGUCGGUCAACACCACCACCACCACCACCACUAGUGGCGUAGCCAGUGGUGGUGUUGAUGCUACUACUGCAGCUGGUGCUUCCUCUACUGGUGCUUCCUCUACUGAUUCUGGAGGAGCUUGCGCCUUCGGCUCCAGCUCCCUCUCUAAUUCUGUAGCAGCUCAUUCCCCUGGCUUCCAAGAACAUCGCAAACUCCUUUCCCACGGCCGAUGGCAAUCACUCGCCCAAUGCUUUGUGGAUGACUUCACACGCUUGUACGGAAUCAGCAAGACUUACCCGUUGUUCGUCUACCUUUCGGCCGGGAUCUCCUCCCUCAAGACCAAGAGUUGUUACUGCAACUAUGAGAACACCGUGUUCGAUCGGCCAGACACCCCUGGCGGCAUUGACACUCAUCCAGCAGCAGGGGUCGCCGCCACUACUCCCGUAGCUCCUCUCAGUUCCUCUCCAGCGGGAGCCACCCUUGACAGAUCCUCUCCAGGGGACGUUGCCAGUACUUCCCCUGGUCACACUUCCCCUGGUCACACUUCCCCUGGUUACACUUCCGCUUCCACUUCCACCGGUCUGAGGUCUGCGGCGACCCCUGGUGUCGGGCCCAACGAGUACUACAAGCGCCUCCACAAGGUGAACAAUUGCCCCGUGUGCUCACCGGAGCUCUUCCAACUCGGCCAGAACUUGCCGUACGCCCAGCUCAUCACCCGCAUCUUCAACAACCCGCACGUGCUCCCCAACGGCAACAUCUACGCGUUCGACAAGCUCUUGCAGCUCGCACAGCUGCGCAACAAGCUCCACCCACAGCUGCUGCUGCUGCUGCUGCUGCUGCUGGCCAAGUUGUUCCAGACCGUCCAGGACCCCUUGACCAAGGAGGAGUUCCUCGUUGACGACUGUGUUCGUGUUUACGCGGCCUAG